AUGGAUUCCGCAACAGAAGCUGCGCUGGAGAAGGCUCGCCUCCAGGAGCAGAUCCUGCUCCAAUCGCACCGGGACCAGUCUUCGCUGGCAUCCACAAGCCGGGGGACUCCCUCCGGGAGCAACACGGUGCCCAUGACCGAGGAAGAGCUGGAGUCGCUACCAACUCCCAGCCAGCACUCCCCGAUUUCCGCACCCCUCUACCUGUCCCAGCGCUCACUCACCCCGCCACCCUACUCGGGGCCUUCUACGCCAGCCCAGGAACCCACUCCGUCCCAGGACUCUCACCCGGGUGGCGGGCCCAAGCCGCCUCCACGAUACCCCGGCCUGCCCGCCCUCGACUACCGCCUCUACAACCCGCCCCUUUUUGACCUGUCCGCGGACAAGACCACCAUCAAGUCCACGGCCGCGCACCUCUCGACCAGCGCCGACGCUCUCGUCGCCCUGAUCCGGCAGCAGGCCACGGUGCCGCCCAAGCCGCAGAUCCACAUCAUCGGUCGCCGCGGCAGCAGCCCCAACAGCGGCAAAGUCGACUUCUCCAUCAAGCUCAACCUGCUCCCCCUGCUGGUGCCUGAGGAUCCGCGCCAGCGCAUGGACUACCUGCGGUGCGUCGGCCCCGGGGAGGUCGCCUUCCGGGGGGGUAGCAAACCGUCGACGGCGCCCGAGGUGGAAGGGGAUGGUGGCGGCGUGGAUGCGUGGGCGGCGCGGUUCGUGGCUGACUCGGCGAGCGUCAAGGCGUUUGUGCUCGAGAGGGUCGUGGUGAACCUGGAUGUCGAGUGGCUCGAGGGGCAGAUUCGGAAACUCGUGGUGGGCAUGAAGUAUCCCGGCUCGGUCGCCGUGUCGUUUCCCAUGACGCAUCACCGCGUGGUGGUGCAGAACCCGGAUCGGGUGAACAAGUUCAUUACGAGUGUUACUGGUUUCUUUGCGGGCAAGAGGAAAUAUGAGGUGGUUAAAGCUGUGUGGCCGUUUGCGACUAUGCCGAGGGGGAGUGAAGGGCGAAGGUGUGCGGUGCAGAGCGAGGAGGUGUGGUGGAAGGAGUGGAGGGGGCCGAUUCGCUAUGCAAUUGCGACAAAGCGCCAAGGCUGGGUCACUAACGAGGACAAGCUGGAGGCCCUCAUGGAUGGGACGCCGGUGAAACUGCCGGCCGAUGUAGAUUGGGGUCCCGAGUACUAA